AUGUCAGAACUUAUUUGUGGCGUCUGUAACUCUGAGCCGAAGAAGUACAAGUGCCCUACUUGUGCACUUCCAUACUGCUCACUUUCAUGCUUCAAAGAGCACAAAAUCACACAUGCUGACUUGGCUCCUACACCAUCCGCGCCCGCCGAACUCGAGAUACCCCAGCCACCACCUCCAGCACCCGUUCCCCGCUAUCUCAAGAAGAAGACCGACUUCUCUGUCCUUGCGACAAACCCCAAAUUCCAGGAGCUUCUCAAGACAUAUCCAGCACUACUAACCUUGCUUCAGCGUGUCUAUGCGACCACUAUCGAGCCCGAUGCAGACAACCAGCCACGACGUGGCAGAGGUGGGAGAGGCUUCAGAGGUCGAGGCUUCAGAGGGCGAGGAAGAGGUGGACGACACGAUGAUUCACAGUCAAGAUGGACGCAGAAGCAAGGCGAUGCUGAUGCAAUGAAGAUGUUGAGGGCUUACAGGGAGCGAGAAGAGAAUAACAAGGAGAGGGAGGCCAUGGCUGCAUUCGUACAACUAGUGGAGGAGAACUUCGCUGGUGCAGAAACCUGA